AUGGCACGCUUUACAUUGUAGGAGUGAUCAUUUUCAAAGAAGCCGAAACGGAAGAGUAUGUUUGAGAAUCCAAAGUGACGGCGGGAAUGGCAUCUUUAAGACGGAACGUCAUCGAUUGCAUGAAAAGACGGCUCUUAUCUCCAAGAUGGAACCGGAUGAGGAAAGUAACUACUUGGUCUCCUCUGGGGGCCGCUUUUAACGCCAAGACCAAUAGAAAAUUCGCCAGGUUCAGCAAGAAUGUUGGACUCUUUGGAAUGCCAGAGUUGACCAGACCAGAGGGUUUUCUAGAAGCACAGGAGAAGUCUUUGGCUGAGGUCAAAGACCUGUUAAAUGAGGUCAUCCACACCCAACCCUGCCCGGAGGUCGUUGUACUCUUCGAUAAACUCUCAGAUGCACUAUGUAGAGUGGCUGAUCUAUCUGACUUUGUGAGGAUUGCGCACCCAGAUGAGAAGUUCCGCAAAGCUGCUGAGAAUGCGUGUAUGGCCGUCAGUGCAACAGUAGAGGUGUUGAACACAAACGUGGAGCUGCACCGAUCAUUACGACGUCUUCUUGAUGAUCAGGCUGUGAUGUCAUCGAUGGAUGAAGAAUCUCAGAGGGUUGCUCAACUGUUUAUGUUUGACUUUGAGCAGAGUGGCAUACACCUUGAAGAAAGCACUAGGAAAAAGUUUGUGAGUCUGAACGAGGAGUUGCUAAUGCUUGGCAGUCACUUUCUUCACAACACUCAGAUAGGUCACAGUGUGUCUAAGGAUAUGAUUCCUCCGCACAUACAACAUUGUUUUACCGUCGACGGUAGCAACUUAACGAUCAACUCACUGUACAGCGAUAGUCCUAAUGAUCUGGUCCGGGAAGCGUCGUAUAAGAUCUUCCUCCAUCCAAACAAAGACCAGUCUGAGAUCCUAGAUCGGCUGUUAGCUGGACGCCAUGAGCUUGCCAACCUGGUUGAAUUCCCUACCUGGGCUCAUCGGGCUCUACGAGGUACGAUGGCGGGUAGUCCAGAGAAUGUCAUGUCUUUCCUAACUUCAACAUCAGAGAAGCUUUUUGACAGGGUUGAGAAUGAACUGGAUGAAUUGAGAAGAGUUAAAGCCCAGAACAAUCUUUCUUCAACGGACAUAUUUGCCUGGGAUCCACCAUUCUACAUGGGGUUGACGAGAAGUGAGCGGUAUGCAAUCAGUCCCUCUGACUACACACCCUACUUCUCCCUCGGAGCAUGCAUGGAAGGUCUCCAAGUCCUAAUGGAUAAACUCUACAAUAUAGAACUUGAGAACGUUCCACCGGACAAUGGGGAGGUCUGGUAUCAGGAUGUGCUGAAACUGGAGGUAAAGCAUCGUAAGGAGGGGUUGCUGGGAUACAUCUACUGUGAUUUCUUCCAAAGACCCGGCAAGCCACACCAAGACUGCCACUUCACGAUACGUGGAGGAAGGUUACUUGAUGACAACUCAUACCAACUGCCAAAGAUCGUACUCGCUUGCAGUCUACCAUCGUCAAGACCAGGAACCCUUCCAUUGCUAACUCAUGGGAUGAUGGAAAAUCUGUUUCAUGAAUUUGGCCAUGCAAUCCACUCCAUGCUUGGAAGGACACGGUACCAACACGUAACAGGAACAAGAUGCUCCACAGAUUUUGCCGAGGUCCCUUCCAUCUUGAUGGAGUACUUUGCAAAUGACUACAGAGUGUUGCGAGAGUUUGCCAGACACCAUCGAACAGAUGAGACCCUUCCGGAGGAGAUGAUCAACCGCUUGUGCCAGUCCAAGAAGUUUGGAUCUGCGUAUGAGAUGCAGACCCAGGUCUUCUACUCUAUCUUGGACCAGGUCUACCAUGGGAACCACCCGUUGGACAAGCCUACUGUGGACAUCCUACAAGAGAUCCAGAAACAACACUCUAGCAUUCCUUAUGUUCCCGGCACUGCUUGGCAUCUUCGGUUUGGUCACUUGGUAGGCUAUGGAGCCAAGUAUUAUUCUUACCUAUACUCCAGGGCUGUGGCAUCCCAGGUAUGGCAUAGAUGCUUUGCUGCCGACCCUCUCAGCCGAGAGACGGGGGAGAAAUACAGGAGAGAGAUGCUGUCCCACGGUGGAGGGAAAGAACCAGCUCUCAUGGUUGAGAAUAUGAUCGGCAAACGGUUUUCGUCGGAAGAACUAGUCGAUGCCUUGAUUGAUGAGACUAAAUCAUGAUGAAGCCAUUGCUGCAAGACUUUCUCCUAAGACAAUCUGUCAGGAUAGAUCAGAGGCUCUUUCUACACCAUUAAAUGUUAUGCUCUGAUCCCCAUUGUUGCAAUUGAAUGCAAUUAGAAAAAAAAAGCAUUUUCAAAUUUGAAUUUGUGUUUAUGUCAUUUCCAAUGAAAAAACAGAAAUACAACAUGAACGCUGAAUUACAGUGCAACUUUUUUGUGAUCGGCCUCAAGAGAGUGAAGAAAUAUGGCUACAAUAAUUCUGUAUCCAAACUUGCCAAAGUGAUGUUCUGUCCUUUGGCAUCAUGAUCUUGAUGGCUUCCUAUCUGAAGGAAAGACUGACGAUCUUUAACUGAAAUCACAUAGACUAUCUAUGGUAGCUAUUCUCACUAAAACUUGAGAGGUGAGGUUUAUUGACUCUACGGUGAUAUUGCAAUAAAAGAAUUUCAAGUGGAUAAUUAAAAUCUUGUUAGGUCAGACAAGAUAACUUCAGACUGGACUGGUCAUGAGCUGCAAUAUAAUACUGCUUUGCAGAGCUAUACCAAAUAGAAGGGAAAUGUAUUUAUUUGUUGAGAAGAAGUAUAUAUUUGUGUAUGUGAUAUGCAUUUUAUUUACAGAAUGCCUUAAAUUUAGAAUCUUCCUUAAGGUUUUUCAAAAGGAAAAUGCCAGUUUGUGGUAUUAAAAGUGUUUAUUUUAAAAUCUUUUAAACUGUUUAAUAUUACCAACUUGCUUAAUCUCUCUACAUUUAAAUCAUUCAAGUUGAUACUAUGCUUUGCAGCUUUUACUAAAUUUCCAGUUUUAUUUUUUUAUUUCUGACAUUACCAGUAAACUUCCUACCCUUUUGUUCUGAAAUAGUUCACAGUGCAAAUUAAUCAAACUGAAACUAUGCUUUUUGAAGUUUUUAUUGAAUUGCCAUUUUUUUUAAAUUUCUGAUAUUACCGGUAAACUUCCUGUUGUUUUGUUUUAAAAAAGUUCACAGUGCAAAUUAAUCAAACUGAGACUAUGCUUUGGAAUGUUUUACUAAAUUACCAAUUUUUUUUUCUUCUGACAUUAAACUUCCAACCCUUUUGUUCUAAAGAAGUUCACAGUGCAAAUUAAUCAUUUGGCACAGAUUGUAGUUGUCACUUUAACCAUCGUAAAGGAACAUGUAAUUGCCAAAUCAUGGGGAAAUUAAAUUGUGUAGAUUUUGCCAAUGCAUUAUUUACUUACAUAAUGUUCUGCCUGUCAUUUGAACCCUUCAGACUAGUGUGAUAAAAAAUAUAAACUAAAUAAAAUAUAGAUAUAAGAUUGUGCUUCUACCAAGCUAAGGGCGGCUUCCUUAUGUCUUCUUAAUUGCCUGUCGCUUAGGCUCUGAAAAAAGUCUAGUAUGUGUACCUACUCUCUGUUUGGAGGGGCUUACAAUACAUGGUCUGUGUAUCUCUGGGUUUGGUAUUUUAUAUACUUGAAUUAGUCUGGGCCCUGUCUUACAAGGAGUUGCGAUUGAUCCGAUCAAUCUCAAGUAUAUGGAAAUCCAUCAAUGUCAUAAUU